GAUCUUGCCGCUUGUCUGUUGCUGUUCCUCGUUGACCUUAACGUGUCUCGACUACAGGCAGGAAUUUCUCGAUCUCUACCACGAAUCCCAGGUCCUCGUCUUCGUCGGCGAGACCGGCUCCGGGAAGACGACCCAGAUCCCUCAAUACGUCCUGUACGACGAGUUGCCGUAUCUGGAACGCAAACAGAUCGCCUGUACCCAACCCCGACGAGUGGCUGCCAUGUCUGUCGCGCAGCGCGUCGCGGAUGAGCUCGACGUACCGCUGGGAGACGAAGUCGGCUACAGCAUCCGGUUCGAGGACAAGACUAGCCCUAAGACCAUGCUCAAAUACAUGACCGAUGGUAUGCUGCUGCGAGAGGCGAUGAACGAUCCCGACAUGUCCCGAUACAGCUGCAUUAUUCUCGACGAAGCCCACGAGCGCACGUUGGCCACUGACAUCCUGAUGGCGCUUCUCAAAACGGUGGUCAAGCGCCGCAAAGACCUCAAGCUCAUUGUCAUGUCGGCCACUCUGGAUGCCCAGAAAUUCCAGCGUUACUUCUUCCAGUCGCCUCUCCUAGCCGUUCCGGGUAGAACGUUUCCCGUGGAGAUCUACUACACACCAGAACCAGAGAAGGACUACGUAGAGGCUGCGAUACGCACUGUGCUCCAGAUUCACGCGACCGAGCCGGAAGGCGACAUUCUUCUCUUCCUGACCGGCGAGGAGGAGAUCGAGGACACGUGCAGGAAGAUCUCUCUCGAGGUUGAUGAGCUGCUUAGAGAGACAGACUGUGGCCCGAUGAAAGUGUACCCUCUAUACGGUACCCUACCCCCCAACCAGCAGCAAAAGAUAUUCGAGCCCGCACCCGCGGCCCUGAGGAAGGGAGGCAAACCCGGCCGAAAGUGCAUCAUAUCGACCAACAUUGCCGAGACGAGUUUGACUAUUGACGGGAUCGUGUACGUCGUUGACCCUGGGUUCAGUAAACAGAAGAUCUAUAACCCCCGCUUGAGAGUGGAGUCUCUCCUAGUCUCUGCGAUCUCCAAGGCUUCUGCUCAACAGCGAGCCGGUCGAGCCGGUCGAACAAAGCCUGGCAAAUGCUUCCGUCUCUACACGGAGGAGGCGUUCAAGACGGAGUUGACCGAGCAGACAUAUCCCGAGAUCCUCCGAUCGAACCUGUCCAACACCGUGCUAGAGCUGAAAAAGCUUGGCGUCAAGGACCUAGUUCAUUUCGACCUUAUGGAUCCACCCGCCCCUGAGACUAUGAUGCGAGCUCUGGAGGAGCUCAACUACCUCGCCUGCCUCGACGACGAAGGGGAGUUGACGCCACUUGGUAGCCUCGCGUCCGAAUUUCCCCUAGACCCUAGCUUAGCGGUCAUGCUCAUCUCAAGUCCCGAGUUCCACUGCUCAAACGAGAUCCUCUCGAUCGCUUCGCUCCUCUCCGUUCCGCAGGUAUUCGUUCGGCCGGCCCAGAAGAGGCGGCAGGCCGACGAAAUGAAGAAUCAUUUCAAGCAUCCAGACGGCGAUCAUCUAACCUUGUUGAACGUCUACCACGCCUUCAAGGGAGUGAUCAACCGUGGCGAAGACGCCAAGCAGUGGUGUCACGAGCACUACGUCUCCUAUCGUCACCUUUCGAACGCGGACAAUGUCCGCAGCCAACUGCGGCGCAUCAUGGACACCAACGGCAUAGAGCUUUUUAGCACCGAGUUCACCGAUAAGGACUACUAUAUCAACAUUCGCCGGGCUCUCCUCAGCGGCUUGUUCAUGAAGGUCGCUAAGCGAGAGAACGGCAAGGUGUAUCGCACGCUCAAGGACAAUAACCAACCUGUCAUGCUGCACCCGAGCACCGUUCUCGAAACCGAGUACGAGUGGGUCUUAUACCACGAGUUCGUCCUCACUACGAGGCAGUAUAUCCGAACGGUCACCGGAAUCCGGCCGGAGUGGCUCUUGGAACUGGCGCCUCUUUACUACGAUUUUGAAUCCUGGGAAGGACAGAAGGAUAUCAAGCUUGCGCUGAAAGCAGUAGCCGACAAGAUGAGACGAAGGGCCGCCAUGAAGGGCCGCCGUUGAAGAAAAGAAGAGCAACCCGCACUGCACGGGCGGUCUCGCGGGGAUAGAAUCCGAUCAGGCGCGGUCGGGCCGAGUUGAUACCCCGUAGCCAGCGUACACAGGACGAAGGGUGGUACCGCGCGGAG